UAUCAGUCUAAAUGCCAAAAAGAUAUUUUUAGCACAAAAAACCAGCAUUGCAUCAUUUCGGGACGUAAAAUACCAGGUUACUAAAAAGUGUCAACAUCCUAUACGUCAUAAAAAUCUCAUGUAGAUAAUAUAAUGGUAUAUAAUUAGAAUAAUUUGCCUAUUUACGAAAUAUUCUUCUUUUUAAGUUUAUCGAUAAAUUACUACUCAACGAAUAAAUACUAAAUAUUUUAUUUUGAAGAUUAUUUCAAGAUGAGGGGUGUGCCUGCAAUAGUGGCAUUCUUCUGCGUCGUUCUUUUGAUAAUCCAAACUAUAUCCGCAGCACCUGAGCCGGAUCAUUCUUUGGGACGGGAAGGAGAACCAAAAAAAAUCGUGAUUAAACCAAUAGGUUAUAUAGGAGGAGACGGAGGUGGUAAUGGUACAGGCGGUUAUGGCAUAGGCGGCGGAGGCGGUAAUGGCAGAGACAGUUAUCGCAUAGGCGGCGGAGGCGGUAAUGGCAGAGCCGGUUAUGGCAGAGCCGGUUAUGGCAGAGGCGGUAAUGACAGAGACAGUUAUGGCAGAGGCGGCGUAGGCGGUAAUGGCGGAGACGGUUAUAGCAGAGGCGGCGGAGGCGGUAAUGGCGAAGACGGUUAUGGCAGGGGCGGUAAUGGCGGAGACGGUUAUGGCAGGGGCGGUAAUAGUGGAGACGGUUAUAACAGAGGCGGCAGAGACGGUCAUGGCAUAGGCGGCGUAGGCGGUAAUGGCAGAGACGGUUAUGGUAGAGGCGGCGUAGGAGGUAAUGGCGGAGACGGUUACAGCAGAGGCGGCGGAGGCGGUAAUGGCGAAGACGGUUAUGGCAGGGGCGGUAAUGGAGGAGACGGUUAUGGCAGGGGCGGCGUAGGCGGUAAUGGCAGAGAUGGUUAUGGCAGAGGCGGCGUAGGCGGUAAUGGCGAAGGCGGUUAUAGCAGAGGCGGUAAUGGCGAAGACGGUUAUGGAAGGGGCGGUAAUGGCGGAGACGGUUAUGGCAGAGGAGACGUAGGCGGAAGAAACGGCGAAGGCGGCAGAGGCGGCAAAGGCGGCGGAGGCAGCAGUGGCGGCAGUGGCGGCGGAGGAGGCAUUGGCGGCGGAGGCAGCAGUGGAGGGGGAGGCGGAAUUGGCGGCGGAGGCGGCAGUGGAGGCGGUAGUGGAGGCGGAGGCGGUGGAUGUGGAGCCGGCGGAUGGGGACUAGCCGGUAGAGAUGGAGGCCCAUAUGGUGGUGGCGGUGGCGGUGGCGGUGGUGUUGGCGGUGGCGGUGGCGGUGGUGGUGGCGGUGGUUAUGGCGGUGGUGGUGGUGGCGGUGGUGGUGGCUGCUGAGAAAGUUGGAAAAUUCAGACUGUUGGGAGAGAGUUAGAAAAGCCCAAACCAGUUAUUUCAAUUUAAAGUAAUCAAAUGUUUUCAAUAUGUUCACACCUAAUUUUAUAUGUGGACUUUUUAAAAUUAUAUAUCCUAUUUUGUAUUAUUGUGAAAUAUUUUUGUAAUGUUCAAGUAUUACACUAUGUAAUAAAUUAAAAACAAUAUUGUAGUAAUAUUUUUUCUUGAGUUGUAGAUGUUUCUAACUGAAGUUUUCUUACUAAAAAUAAUGAUAUAAUUAACAAAAUGCAUCUAAGGGUAUUCAAACAUAUAGAUUACUUUUUUCCCAAGAAUUAAGUAAAAGCAAACAACAUGGAAAAUGCUUAAAUUGUUUGGAAAAGAAACCAGCUGCUAUAUCACAAAUUAGUCCAUUCAUUUGUAAUCUCGCACUAAUCUUAACUUCCUAAAUUUUUAUACUUUUACCAUGUAUAAUUGUGAAACAUAUCGAUUAAUAGCUUAGUUAGAGUUUAUUCAACUUCCUGUAAACUGAAUAAAUUGCCAAAUUGUACUUGUAAGCUUUCAAAGUACAAAGGUUUUUGUUACUAUGCAAAAGUAAAUAAACUUAAAUUUAGUGAGAUUAUAAAUUAGCAGUUCGGACUAUUUUAAGUCGCAGUCUAUUUAGAAUAGUUACCUCAAUAACAACUCUAGUGCGUAAGUCAUUAUUUAAAGUUACGUCGACAGAGUGUAAUUAUAAUUAGCUGUCAAUAAAACCAUUAUUUUUA